CACGCGCAGAUCAUUGUUUGGUAAGCGCGAGCACUGGCAUUGAGAAUUCCAAUAGUUUCAGCGCGUAUUAGUGUUGCGUCAUUUGUAAUUUGGGGUUUGUGUUGAGGAAGUGUUAGCGUAAAGAGUAUAAUAGGGUGUCAUAUAUGGCUCUCAGACGGUGUUGGGGGUUUGCAGGAGUUCUUCCGCGGCUGUUAUGGAACAACACCGUCCUGUCUAGAGUUUCCGUCCAGGGAGGACGAAGCUCUGUGUCCAGCCUUGUCAACACCCACCACGCUUGUAAAACUUCAGGGCCGCUGCUCCGCAGGUUCAGUUCAGCGCCACCGAGCACAGAUGUGAGCUAUGACCAGAUGAAGCAGCUCCUGGCUGGGCGGAAAGCAAUAGUCAUAGAUGUCAGAGAGCCCUGGGAGCUCAGGGAGUACGGCGUCAUUCCCGGGUCAAUUAACGUCCCCUUGGGACAGGUGAACACCGCCCUCCAGCUGGCACCGGAAGAGUUCAAUGAAAAGUACGGUGGUAAAAUGCCCCAGCACACAGAUAAUGUUGUGUUCACCUGCCUGGCAGGGAUCAGGAGCAAGACGGCACUAGACACAGCCACCUCACUGGGAUACAAAGACGUUCAGCAUUACCCAGGUGGAUGGCAAGACUGGCUGAAAAAUGAACAACAGAACUGAUGCAGGGAUGAUGAAACAGAAGACAAUAUUAAAAGCUCUUAGCUGAGAUCAGACUGGCAACUGAGAUUGUGUAACAGGGAGUCUUGUAAAGGGUUUUAAAACAGUUCAUUUAUUCUUUUGUUUUAAGAGCCAGCAAUUGAAGUUGUUUUCCUCAUCUGUGAAUCCCAAAGACUGAAACCAGAGGGCUCAGCACACAUAAACAAUCACAUCUGCUGCUAAAAAACUUAAUAACUACUGUAGUGUUACUUGAAGUUAAAUUUAUUUCAGCACAGAACUAUUUAUAAACCCUUUACAACUUCUACAGAGACAAAUAUGUAACCAGUGACUAUUCUAAACCGUACCACAAAUAAUAAUAGAGUUCUAACAGAGCUCAAGUAUUUGUUUCCAUUCAGACUAUCUAUGCAAAUGACUACUUAACUGUGUAUGAUUGUGUGUUAAGAUCAAGUUGGCUGUUGCAUAAUAUGGACAGUUCAACAAUUCAAGUAAGUGUGUUGUAAAUACUGAAUAGUUUGUUGCUCAUGGAUGCAACUGAAGUUGUUGCCAAUUUCAUUCAAUAAAAACAAUUUAUUAAUAUUGA